AUGACGGGAGUUUUAGACCAGAGAAACUUGGAUUGUGGUCAAGUCCGUGUUAAAGGUCUCAGUGUAAUGGAGGAGGGGCUCAGUCAAGCUGACUCGAACGUUUUCUGGUUUCUUCCACUCGUUUUCCUGCUUUAUCCUAUCGCGCUGUUCGCCAUGUCCUCUAAUUAUGCAUCCGUAGAUUUCGAAAUAUUUGGAAAUGUGCAGGGUGUCUGCUUCAGAAUGUACACAGAGGAUCAGGCGAAGAAACUGGGGGUAAAUGGCUGGGUAAAGAACACCAGACAGGGUACUGUUGUUGGGCAGGUGCAGGGUACUCCAGACAAGGUCAAUGAAAUGAAGCACUGGCUGAGAAGUGUUGGCAGUCCGAGCUCUCGGAUUGACCGUGCCGAAUUUACUAAUGAGAGGGACAUUUCUAAGCUGGAGAUCCGUGGAUUCGGGACUCGCUACUGAAUUCCACCAGCUCAGCAACAGCUCCUUAACCUUUACAAAGAGUUCGCUCAUUACUUCUUCCCUGCUGGGUAACUUAUUGCCAGUCUCAUGUUUAGAUCCAAGUUUAAACAAACCAUGUAUUUCACCACAAGCCUUAACUCAUUACUAAAUACUUAACAAUGUACAUUUAUGAUGUAUUUAUUUAUAAACAACAAAAAUGAUACAUAGUAUUUCAUUAUGCAAAAUUUGUGACGUAAACUUCGUCAAGCUUAAAUUAACGUACCAGUAAUUUGUAUUUAAACAACGAAUAAUAUAAAUUUAUAUUGAAUCCU